GAAAAGCAGAAUUAGGGUUUCAGUUUAACUAUAAAAGCCAAAGCUUGUCACUCAUUUUUCAAUUGAGCUCCAACUUAACGAAAGCAAAACCCUAGUAGGUAAUCUGGUGUGGUGGGCUGCAUAAGGGAUUGAGAAGAUGACAACAGUUCCAGGGUCAUUGAUAUGGGAAAUAGUGAAAAAGAACAACUGUUUUUUGGUCAAAGAGUUUGGAAGAGGAACCGCCAGUGUUCAGUUUAGUAAAGAGGCGAAUAAUCUUUACAAUCUUAACUCUUUCAAGCACUCUGGUUUGGCAAACACGAAAACAGUGACAAUUCAACCUGGGAAAGAUCAAUUUGUGCUGCUUGCAACAACAAAGACCAAGAAACAGAAUAAACCUGCUUCUUUGCUUCACAAAUCUCUCCUGAAAAAGGAGUUCCGCAGAAUGGCAAAGGCUGUAGCAAACCAGGUUUCAGAUAACUACUACAGACCGGAUCUGAAAAAGCUGCCCUUGCUAGAUUGAGUGUCGUGCACAGGAGCCUGAAGGUUGCCAAAUCUGGUGUCAAGAAGAGGAAUAGACAAGCUGUCUAAGAUCCAUGGUCGGAAGUGAGAAUGCUAGGUGCCUCAUUUACUUUGUCCAAGACGCUCAAAAAUAGGUUUCAUUUUUUUGUUUUUGGAUGGUUUUGUACUCCAAGAGUUAAAACCAAUGAAAUCAUGAGUUUUUUGGAUGCUUAUUUCAGCUUUUAUUGCAAGAUCACUUGCACACUUUUGCAAUGCAUAUUAUGAAACAAAACAAUAAUGGACCUGAAGAGUAUGCAAAAGCACUUCUGUCUAAAGUCAUUGUAAAUUAGUACUCAAGAGAUGCUUAUUUUGUAAG